GGGGAGAAUCCUUCAACUUCAAGAUAAACAUGGGACAACACCCUUAACACAGUGAACCAUUGAUCUUUUUGUUUCUUUCAAAUGACUCGCUUUCAUCUCAUUAAUAAUGAUGAAAAGUAUUCAACCAUUCACAUGUCUCCUUGACAAAACAGGUCUUCCAAGAGCUUAAUUUAACAAAAACAAUACUACAGAGCACAGCUCAUCAAUACCAUUUACGUAUAAAACUCCCAUUGCCAUACAAUUCCAAAAUCACACUAGCUUUCUCUGAUUCCAUCUCACUUAAUUUCACUUCUAAAAAGAUGAAGUUCAGUACCAAUAAUUAUCACCAGAUUAUUGAUUACCUUAUAGUCCAUCUCAUAUGCUGCUACUUCUUUAUGGCACCAUAUUCUUUAAAUGCCUCUAAAACUUCAUCAAGAUGCCGCCAUGACCAAAGCUCUAUUUUGCUGCAACUCAAACAAGAGUUUCCUCUCAAACAUAAAGUAGAUGACUUUGAAGAUCCAAAAAUGGAGAAUUGGAAGGCUAAUAAAGAUUGUUGUUUGUGGGAUGGGAUUAUAUGUGACAAUACAGGUCAUGUGAUACGCCUAGACCUCAGUAGCAGCUCUCUUCAAGGGCCAUUGCUUUCUAACAGCAGCCUCUUCAGCUUGGUUCAACUUCAAGAACUCGAUCUUUCCUCAAAUAACUUCAGUCUCUCUGAGAUUUCAUCAGGUUUCAACCACUUUAAGUCCUUGAAUGCUUUGACUCUUAACAAUGGUAACUUUUCAGGUACAAUUCCAGCUUCACUUGGAAACCUUUCCCAUCUCACUGCUCUUGACCUCUCCUACAACAACAUCAGUGGUCCGCUUCCAUUUUCACUUGGAAGCCUCACAAAAAUGGAAUAUCUUUAUCUGGAUCACAAUCAAUUCAGCGGUCCAAUUCCAUCUAUACUUGGAAACCUCAGUCAACUCAUUGAGUUACAGCUUUCUUACAACAAAUUCGAUGGAGAAUUAGACAUGCCUCUGGCAAAUUCGACACAACUUCAACUCUUGACUCUCUCUUAUAAUCAGUUGACUGGUUCGAUUCCAUUAGAUAUAGCCAAUUCAAGGUCCCUUCAAACUCUUGACCUGUCUCAUAACUUUUUCACUGAAAGAAUUCCUUCAUCUUUGUUCAGAAUGCCUUCUUUGUCAACUCUAAAUUUGGACUACAAUCAGUUGAAUGGAUCAUUGAGCAUCCAAAAUGUUACUUCAUCCCAAUUGGAGUAUCUGUAUCUACGCCGAAACAUUCUAAGUGGGCAGCUUCCAAAGUCUAUAUCCCAACUGACCAACCUGAAAGAAAUUCACCUCUUCGCAAAUAACUUAACUGGCAGGGUUGAGUUAGGUUUGUUCUCAAAGCUGAGUAGCCUCUCUACACUUGAUCUUUCACACAAUAAUCUCUCUGUAACAAAUACAGCUCAAAACGAGCUAUGGCAAUUGGAUCUUUCCCGUAACAAAAUCCAAGGCAAGAUUCCGAAAUGGUUUUUCACCACAGCAGUAGAGAGCUUAAACGUGUUAGACCUUUCAAGCAAUUUCAUCGACGGUUGGGAGGAACAACCACCGACAGUUCUUCCAUGGAAAAGUUUAAGUUUCCUUGACUUGCGUGGCAACAAGUUUCAAGGGUCACCACCAGUUCCACCACUUUCGACAGAGCACUUCUUCAUGUCAAAUAACUCAUUGAGCGGAGAGCUUCACCCAAAGUUCUGCAAUUUAAGCAACCUGAAAGUUCUUGACUUGUCCAAUAACCAAAUGAAUGGCAAGAUUCCACCAUGUUUGGGUUUCAUUAGCUCUCUUUUGAUGCUGAAAUUGCAAAAGAACAACUUCCAUGGAGGCAUGCCUCAUACGUGUAAAGAAAAGGGUCGUUUGAAGACUUUGGACCUCAGUCACAACCAGCUUCAAGGGAAUGUUCCGCAGUCUUUGAUCGAAUGCAGAGAACUAGAAGUUUUAAAUUUUGGGUACAACAAUUUAAGUGACGAUUUCCCUUAUUGGUCACAUAGUUUGCCAAAGUUAAAAGUUCUUGUUCUGCGAAAUAAUAAAUUUCAUGGUUCAAUCAGUCCAUCUGGUAUAUUGUUGAGCUUUCACGAGCUGCGCAUUAUGGACAUCUCCUUCAACAAUUUUGAAGGAGAAAUACCAUCAGAGUAUUUUGGGAAUUGGAGUAGCCUCAAUAGUGAAAUUCCCGGUGUGAAUAAGUCAAAAUUGAGGUACAUGGGAGAUGUGGACAACUACUAUCAAGACUCAAUGACUUUGGCCAUCAAGGGCGCGGAUAGGUCUUAUACGAAGAUCUUGACCACAUUGUCCGCCAUUGAUAUUUCUCAUAACCACUUUCGUGGUUGGAUUCCAAGUAGCGUAGGAGAUCUUAAAUCACUUAUGGUGUUGAACUUAUCUCACAACAGUUUCCAAGGCCUCAUCCCAUCAUCACUAGGGAAAUUAUCAGAGCUUGAAUCAUUAGAUCUCUCACGGAACAAUCUCGUUGGAGAAAUUCCUCAGGAAUUGACCAAGCUCACAUUUCUUUCUUAUCUUGACCUUUCGGAUAACCAACUUAGUGGUCGAAUUCCACAGGGAGGCCAAUUUAACACAUUUCAAAAUUCUUCUUUUGCGGGGAACUUGGAUUUGUGUGAUUCCCCUCUGUCAAAGAAAUGUGGAUGUAGUAACACAACUCCCAAUUGUCACCCAAUACCGAAACCAAAAUCAGAGACGAAUAUAAGUUUUGGAUGGAAACAAGUGGCGACGGGAUAUGGAUGUGGACUUGUAAUUGGGGUACUCAUCGAGCUUGUUGUUUCUUCAAGGCGACCAAGCUUGUUUGCAAGAUUUUAUUGAUGAAAUUUCACACUUGUGUAAUAUUUUAUGGGUUUCACUGUACAUGUAUAUUAUUGGUGCUCGGCAAAAAAAAAAAAAAAAAAAAAUCUGUUAAGUUAUUUUAUAGUCAAAAUGUAAAAAAUAUAUAUUUUUAAAUAAUAUUUUGAGAUAUUAUGUUAUUGGAAGUU